UCGCCCAUUUCGCACAUCAGUUCUUCAUAGAAAUAGCUGCCGCUUUCAAUGUGUGUUCCUUGUUGCCUCUGUUCACUUAGUUACGGCUUCAAGCCAAUUUUAUACAAACUUCAAUUUUUCCUUUAAGCAAACCAAACCAGAAUGGCCAACAUUUUGAGGACUGAGGAGGGCAAAAUCACUGAGAUUGUCGAAAAGUUGGUCGAGCAAAAUUCCAAACGCUAUGCCAACGACGAUGACGAUGACGGUGACGAUGAGCCCUUCAAUAUGCCGCGCUGUUCCCGGGACAUCUUCCUGAGCUGCCCGGAAUUGUCUGGCAUGCAGGACAUUUUCGACUACAGCCCCUUGGUCCCUCGAGCCGGAUCCGCACACACCUACCGCACUGCUCAACUGCUGACCAUCGGACGGCGAGUGGCCGACCGCAUGGUGGAUCCGAGCGGGCAGCGCGAGAUGUCGUGCAGCCGCUAUCUGCUGGACGAACGCCUUCGGUCCGCCGGAAUCUAUCACAACCGCCUGGGUUGCUGUCCUUACGGACUCUUUUGCGAGUCGGAGAAGGGGGCGCGCGGCGACACGGAUCCCGGCAAGCCCAACACAUCCAUGGGCUCCAUGGCUUGAGGGAGCCGAUCAAAUUAAGAGCGUACUAGAAGUGGUCUUCGUUGCGAGAAGCAGUGCCCAAACUAAAAUCUAUUUACCAAGUAAAUUCACGAUCUAUUGAGCGAAACCCGCUGCUGUCAAGCAAUAAAUCG